CAGGAGCGCACCCAACACACCAUCGAGCGGAUGGUGAGUUACUUGGAGCUAGCCGGCUACAUGAGUGAAAAAGAGUUUUAAAAAAUGGCAAAUCGUUUCUCAUUCUGUUGGACAAUUUUGGAAGGGUUGGACGUUGAAAUUUGCGCGGUUCACGACACAACAAACAGCAGUGAAGCAAAAGUGUGAAACACUAAAUAAAUAACGUUGCCCAGGAACAUCAAAUAAGACUGCAAACAGGUAAAUUCCAGCUACAACUGGUGCUUGUGGUCUUCAUAGAUAUUUUGAAUUUAUCAAAUCAGUUUCCAGCGUGUUUCCAAUAAACUUCAGCGCAAUGGAUCUAAUGCAGGCAGCAGAGGAGAAUGAUAUUUUGGAGGCAGAAAAACUGCUGAAUUCCGGUGCAGACGUUAACUUUACAGACAACAAUAGAAAUACACCACUGCAUGUCGCGGUAGCAUCCGGAAAUCCGAAACUUGUAGAACUGUUGCUGAACCGUGGAGCUAAAAGUGAUGCUGUGAGCGGUGACGCAUCAAUGGGUGGAGAGAACAAACAUGCGGUAGAAGCGGUUUUAUUGAAGAUGGGGAAAUUCCGAGAGGUUCAGCAACAAGGAAAAAUAAACAAGGGAAUUCUGUACGAGACAAAGUUGCUGACCAUGGUGCUGUUCCGGGUGCUCCUCGUUGGUAAUAGUGACAGUUUUUAUUUGGGAAGCAGCGAUGCUGAUGUAGGCGUUUUCGAUGACAUCAUUCUCAGAACCAGUUGCGAUGGUAAAACCCAUCUGCAGUUUUUACAAGUGAAACACAAAAAUCCCGGCUAUACGGUUAAUUUCGAAGAUUUGAUCAAACCGGAAAACACAGAAAAUGAUUUUAACUUAUGCACAUUAUUUGAGAGCUUUUUGAAAAUACGAUACAGAUUUAGCCCAGUCAGUGCUGAUGUGAUAUUUAAAGGAGAAUAUGAAAACAUGGACGUGGAGCUGAUAGUCUUAACCCCAGCAAAGUUUAUUUUUCCUAAGGAUACUUAUUGCAAAGAAACAAACAGUCGAGAUUCAUUUUACACCACAUAUUUAGGAAAAACUCUACAAAUAGAGUGCACUGAAACAAUUUUAGCGAUUUUAACAACUGAAUCUAAAAAGUGGCACCAAAAAAUUAUUGCGGAGAUUUUGGCUAAAAUAAUUAUCAUACAGAACUAUAACACAAAUAAUCUGAAAGAUGCCAUGUCAAAAAUUGAACACGAAAAUGUAGUGAGCACCUUGGCUGGCGAAAAUUGCGACUUUAAUUGUUCGAGUUUAUUGCGACUGUACAACAACCAACGAUUUGUUACAGUAAGUAGGAGAGAUUUGAAAAAGAUGUGUGAUGAUAUUGUGGACAUGAUCGACGGAAAUCUUCUACCGACAAGUGAGGAGCAUAAUAAUUUAGUGCAUGAUUUUUUAUCCAAACUAAGAUUUAACUCUGAACAGGCUACAACAGGCUGGACGCCAAUACACUAUGGUCACGAUAUAUUAGUUGAACAUCUUCUGGAAAAAUCAACUGAAAUAGGUUCGACUGCAUUGCAUUUGGCAGCUCAGAAAGGAUAUGAAAAAAUUGUUCAAAUUUCACUCGAAAAAGGAGUAAAUAUUAACCGUAGCAUGGCGGAAAUAGGAAUCACUCCAUUGCAUCUGGCAGCACGGGAAGGAUUGACCGACAUUGUGUCCUUGUUGCUGUCAUGCGGAGCAAAUGCUGAUAGGGAUACUUUAGUUGAUGGUGAAACAGCGUUGCACAUUGCCGCCCGAAAAGGUCACCUGGAAGUUGUUCAGCUGUUGUUGAAAUAUGGUGCCGAUUUGAACAGGAGAACAAAAACAGAUGACUCUACGCCUUUACACUAUGCAGCACUGAAUAAUAACCCUGGCAUCAUACAAUUUUUAGCUGAAAAGGGUGCAAACAUUGACUGCACUACCACAAUUGAAGGUCGCACUCUUUUGUUUGACGCUUGUCUUAACGGUGCCAUUGAUGCUGUCAAAAUUCUCCUCAAAAUGGGGGCAAACGUUCAUCUCGGAGCGACUGGCAACGCUUACACGCCAUUGCACUGUGCAGCACAAGAGAAUCAUCCUGACAUUAUCAAGUGUUUGGUUGCGAAGGGAGCCAACAUUGACUGCACUACCUCUGAUGAAGGUCGAACUCCUCUGGUUCAGGCGUCUAUUUACGGCGCCAUUGAUGCUGUCAAAAUCCUCCUCGAAAUGGGAGCAAACGUUCAUCUAGGAAGGACUGACAACGCUUACACGCCAUUGCACUGUGCAGCACAAGAGAACCACCCUGAAAUCAUCCGGUUGUUGGUUGCGAAGGGAGCCAACAUUGACUGCGCAAUAUCUGAUGAAGGUCGAACUCCUCUGGUUCAGGCGUCUAUUUACGGCGCCAUUGAUGCUGUCAAAAUCCUCCUCGAAAUGGGGGCAAACGUUCAUCUCGGAACAACUGACGAUGCUUACACGCCGUUACACUGUGCAGCAGAAAUGAACCACCCUGAAAUCAUCAGGUAUUUGGUUGCGAAAGGGGCCAACAUUGACUGCACUACCUCUGAUAACGGUCGAACUCCUUUAAUGCUUCUUGACAUGGGCGCUAACGUUAACCUGGGCGAUGCAGCAAAUGGUUUAACUCCAUUACACUUGGCAGCACAAAAGGACCAGCCUGAGAUCGUUCAACUGCUAGUGGCUAGAGGAGCAGACAUAAACUGCACAACCACGGAUGACGGUCGAACUCCACUGUUCGAGGCUUGUCUAAAUAGCGCCUUGAAUGCGGUGGAAAUGCUUCUGAAGUUGGGUGCUAACGUUCAUAUCGGUUCGAAGGGCAGUGACUUAACGCCACUGCAAUGGGCAGCUCAACAAAAUUUGGAUGAAAGUUUGCUCAAUGCGUUCUCGAAGUCAGAAGAUGCAAUUUUGCAUCAUUGUUGUUGUUGUUAAUUUAUUGAUAUCUGGCAGCUUUAACCUUCUUGGUCAUUCGCUGCCCUAUUUGCAUCAUUAGUUUUUCCAUAAAAGGCUUGACGUUUAAUCAAUUAAAGAUAAAUUCUUCAUAAUUUUAUUUUUAAUUCUUUAUGUAACUGGUUAAAGGCAAUAAACUCACUAGAUUUCGGACAGCACA